UGUGCACAGAAUGGAUGUGGUGCUACAGAGUGGCAGGGGCAGGGACCCUCCCUGGAGAGAAGGUCUUCAGAGUCAGACUCCAGGGGAUGCCGAGUUGAGGGGCUAGAGCAAGGGAGGGGACACCUCAUCAGGUCAGCUAUACGCUCCCAACCGACGGCACUGCUCUUUAACUACUUAACGAAAUAAGGAAGUAACUGAAGAAAAAAUUGAGGGGAAGUAGAUGAGAGAAACUAUAAAAGAAUAAUUUAGAAGAAGAGAAGGUAGGUUGCCUCUGUGCUCAGUUCAAGUUUCUGGAAGGCAGCUGGCAUUUGCUGAGCACCAGGGAGACAAGCCAGGCAAGCAGGACAUGUGGCUGCUCCCGGUUCUGUUCCUUCUUGUCAUCCAAGGCCACUUUUGCACCUGCUUGGAGAGAAUGGUGAGAGGCAGAGAGGGGGGCACUCUGACCACAUCCUGUGAGUAUAGCCCAGGAUGGGAAUCCUACAGGAAGUGGUGGUGUCGCGGGAAGAAUUGGAAUUCCUGCAAAAUCCUUGUUAAGACCACUGGAUCAGAGAAACUGGUGAAGAAGGGCAGAGCGUCCAUCCAGGAAAAUCGUAGCCGACGCAUAUUCACCAUGACCUUGGAGGAUCUCCGUCGGGAAGACGCAGACACCUACUGGUGUGGGAUUGAGCGAACCGGCAAUGACCGGGGGUACAAAUUUUCUAUUGUUGUUGACCCAGCCCCUGAUCCAACAGACUCUCCCAAGCCCGUAGCGAGAACAACGCUGCCCAGUUGGACUUCCUCUCGUCUAUUUCCCCAGGGCAUCAACAGCAGCCACCCCAUGGAUUUGAAUAGCCCGCUAACCAGAUCAGCGACCCUGGCCAUCAAUGGAGCAGCAGAGAAUCUUCCUGUGUGGAUCCUCCUGGUACCUCCUUUCCUUGCCACCCUUGAGUGGCUCUGCCAAGGAUAAAUAACUAUUACAUCGUUCAGGACUCUGGCCAAUGAUGGGUUUUCCAAUUCCAGACCAACAAGUAAGCAUAAAACCUCAAUUAAACCAAAAAGCUUGAGAUUGUUUCCAUGUGGACAAAUACCCCUGAUGGGCCAGCUGCACAGAGUUCCGCCAAUUCCACCUUCUGCUGCAUCAGUACCUUCCAGAGAAAGAAUUGCCUGAAUGUAAAAGAUUGAAGGCAGGGUUGGACCAUCACCCAACCCACAUCUCAUCUGUUUGCGCUAUAUAUUUCCUAUUAAAAUCUAUGGCUUGCCGUGC